AUGUCAGACAACAACGGACCAACGUUCACAAACAAUCAAACGUCAGCUGUCACUUGGGACUCGUCAGCGAAAUGUCACCUGGUGCCCUACUACAUUCAUGCCUGUACAGGGAUAUUCGUGGCCUGUGUGGCUCUCUUCUCUGGAGUGGGCAACUCUCUGGUUCUCUACACCUUUGCCAGGCACUCUUCUCUGCGCACAUCCUCCAAUUUGCUGAUCAUCAACCUGACAGUGGCCGACCUCCUCAUGUCCUUGCUGAACCUGCCAGUCUUCGCCGUGUCCAGUCUGACCAGUUGUUGGAGGCUAGGAUAUGUCGGCUGCCAGAUUUAUGGCUUCACUUCGUCCAUUUGUAGUCUAGUCACAAUCAACACUUUGGUUGCAAUUUCCGUCGACCGCUAUAUCGUGGUCGUUCACAGACACUGCAGGAUGCACAGGCUGGCCAAAUCUACCACUGGUUUUAUCAUCGCUGCCAUCUGGACACUGAGCAUCACGUGGUCAGUGCUGCCCCUAGCGGGACUCGGCUUGUACCGACUGGAGGGCAUGGGCACCUCCUGCACGUUUAAUUACGUGGACAGGAGCGUCCCCCAGCGGUGGUUCUUCCUCUGCCUGGUCACGUGCAACUUCUUGGUUCCCGUGACCAUGAUCACGUACUGCUACUGGCGAAUAUACCUGAGAGUGAAACACGUGAGGCAAGAACUCAAGUUUCUGCUGAGAGACUACAGUCACGGUGCCAUGCGACAGCUGGGUUCAGACACACAGUCGGAAAUGAGAACUGCCUUCACAGCCAUGGUGAUCAUCGGUAUCUUCUGCGCUGCCUGGGCACCGUAUGUGAUCAUUUCAUUUGUGGGUCUCUUCGGACCAGAAAACUCACUCACUCCCAUGAUAGCGGUGAUUCCAAACAUCCUGGCCAAAGUUUCUACCGUGUUCAACCCGAUCCUGUAUACCAUUGGGCACCCCGAGGUGAGAAAAAAACUGCUAAGCCUCAUAUUUUCUAGCCAAAGAACACUGCGACAACCCGUCAUCACUACAUCAGUUUCACCCAGAAGUGACGACAGGGUUGACAAGACCCAUGUUUUCCAUCCACAUAUCACUAUGAUGACCCACAAGAUGUGCAAGGUUACCCUCAGUCCCAGAAUAGAAGAGGACAGACCAAACAGGACUGCAAGCUAG